GAAGUACCAUGAAGGAAAACAAAGCAGUGUAAGAAGAUAGAAACCGGGUCAGUAAAGGAGAAGGCUGGGCAGCGAAGAGAGAAAAGAGCCCUGUUUAUGAGAAAGCGCUUUGCCGGGGGAAAGGAGCGACAGGCAAAGGCCUUUCAAGAAGCUCAAAAUGACCGCUGUGUGGACCAGGUGUGCUAGGUGAAGUCUGAGAGGUAGCCAGGGACUAGGUCCUGUUGGAUUUUAUUCUAAGAAAAAUGGGAAGCAUCAGAGGGAUGAUGGGCUGUGUCUUAAGUUUUCGAAAGAUCCCUCUGGCUGCUGAGUGUGAAUAGACCAGAGGGGAGUCGUGAGGAUAGGGAGGUUGUAAGGGUGGAAGCAAAGAGAUUGUAGAGUAGAAGGUGAUUGCAGGUGAUGAAUUGGAUGCCACUGUGGCUACGACGAAAUGAGCUAGGAGAAGAAUGAUGAGAAGUAGCCAUGGGCCAGACCAGAUAGGGCCUUGUACGUCAUGGAAUUCUUUCCCAGAGAGUUGGGAGGCCUGGGGAAGAGUAAGGUGGUCCCACUUAAGUUUUACAAGGAAUACUCAGGUUGCCGUGUGUGAAUAGACCGGAGAGGGGUGAGAACGGAGGCGGGCAGAGGGUGCAGUUAGGAAGCUGUAACGGGGAUGGAGGCAGACGAUGGGUUAGACUACAGUCGAGGUGGUAGAAGUAGGGUAGGAUUGGGGAUCUAAUUUGUAGAGCCAACGGUUGUCGACGAAAAUUCAAUUAACUAUCAAAUUAAGAAGAAAAGGGAUUUUAUUCGAGCCAAACUGAGGAUUAUCACCUAGGAAGCAGAUUCUCAGAAAGUUCUGAGAGCUCUUCCUCCCGUUAGAAGUAUAGUCUGUACAUUUUUGAGACAAAGGAUCGUACAUCAAAAUGACGUACUGAUGUUUCCCUUAAAGUUCACCAAGGAUACAUAGACCAGGUAAGCACGUACAAAGCGGGCAGCAAGUCACCAUGACCCCCUACAGAGCUGGGAAAGAACAAUGUUCUUGUAAGAAGUUACGUUGCUAGCGUCAGAAGAAAGAAAAAAAAAUUGAUCUUUAUGGUUGAGCAGGCACUGCCAUCUUUGAGGAGCGCUAACGCGUAGCGCUAACGCAGAUGCAUACAGCACAUUAGGGAGAGAGGGACGAGGCCCAAACAAACAGAAUUUUAUGAUGAAUUUUUUUUCCUUGUCCUUCCCUAAAACAGAAAUUUUAUUUAAUCAGGGUCUUGCUAAUGUGAUGUGGAGUAUGAGUGAAAGGAUGGUAGUGCUGUUACUGAGAUGGGGAACCCUGCGGGAGGAGCAAAUUUAGCAGAGGCGUAGUUUGGAGCAAGUUAAGUCUCAAUUGCCUGUGAACCCUCGUGACAAUGUUGAGGAGCGAAUUGGCUAUUCCAGUCUGCAGUUCAGGCUGGAGCAGUGAAUUACAAGCCACCCUUGUCUAGGUGGGAAUUAAAACCAAGGACCUGAAUGAAAGCACCUGGGAGGAGAGUGUGGCUAAAGUAGAAAGAUCUAAGGACCACGAACUGGGGUACUGCAGCAUUCUGAGAUGGAGAGGAGAAGGAAAAUCCAGCAAAAGAAACUGGGAGGAAGUGGCCAUUGAGUAAGAGGAAAACCAAGAGAUCGUGUGUCCAUAAAGUCAGUCGAAGAAAGUUCUUCUGAAAGGAGAAACUGAUCAGCUGGAUUGAAUACUGCUAGGAGGUGGAAUAAAAUUGUCCCACCAUUCACAACAGCGUGACCCCGGGCAAAGCAAGUACUCUCUCUGAACCGCUGUUUCCUCAUUUGCAAAGAUGAGACAGGAGAGUCGCACCUGUCUCGGGUUUGUUAAAAGGUGUGAACAUGCCUGGCACAUGAAGAUUAAAGUCGUCCCCCCCAUCCAUCCAGCACUGCCUCCCUCACAGGUCAUCAGGGAGCAUCAAAGGAGCUGAGAAUGAGAAAGCUUUUUGUCAACUGUACAGCACCCUGCAAAAGCCUAAACUACUCUGUAAAGUCUCAGGGUUCCUGCUGCAAGGUCCUGUCACUCCAGUCAACUUUGAUUUCAAAGUUCAUAUGAAAGGAGUCUGGAAAAUUAAAAAUAGAUCUUGUUUAACCUUUCUGAUUUCCAUUUUGUCCAUCACUUAGGUAAUGAUUACAAAAUAUAAAAUGCAUACUUGCACAGCGUGUUUCUGCAAGUUUAGUGGGUUCUGAAAAUCACUGCUCUUCAGCCUUCCUGAGGAGAGGAGCAAAGGCCAGAGAGCCCAGAUGACCCAGAUUGCUGACGUUUGUAGUGCCAGAAAAGUUUUCCCAUCUACCUUCAGCCGUGAUGCCCCAGUCAUCUUAGCGCCUGCUGUGUGCUUUGUCACUAGAAGGUGAAGGCCGAGAACGCAGGGACAGUGUCAUCUUCACCGUUGUGACCUCAGGUCUUGGUCCAGUAGCACCCAGUACGUGUCAGGCACUUCUAGGCACAAAGGAAAGGUACAGGCAGCGAGCAAGACAGCUAUGGUCCUUGCUGUCACGGAGCGGAGCGUAGAUUCAAGUACAAGCGAGACAAGAAAAAUAACACCUCCUGUGGUAAGUGCUAUGAGGAAACAGACCAGUGUGAGUGAUAAGACGGCCUCUCUGAAAAGUGAGAUUUAAGGUCAGAUCUGGAGGACAUGCAGAAGGGCUGGGAUAAGAUGAGCACUCUGAACAGAAUAGCCUGUGGGAAAACACCUGAGAAGGAAGACGCCUGGGCAAAUCUGAGGAAUAAAAAGGCCAGUGUGUCUGGAGCUUAGUGAGUGAGGCAGAGUGCACUGGAGAUGUGAUGAGCAAGCUGGGCGCCACCCGCUCGGGCAGGCCGGUGAGAAGCUUGGCUUUCGUUCUGAGAGCAAUGGAAAGCCACAAGAGGCUUGAAGCAAGGGAGUGGAUCUAACGUAAAAGCUCAUCCCGCUUGCCGAGGGAUGACUGAAUGGCACCAUGCCCUGUGCAGAGCGGAGAUAGAAGGUGCUGCCUCAGCCUCCAGGAUUCAGCUCCAAAGCAAAGGAGUGCCUUUCCUCCAUAAGCUAGCUGUGCAACAGGGUCCUUGGGUCCACACGAGAAGCAAGCUGACGUUUUUCAGUCUCUAGAUGUUUUGCUUCUCUAGCAGGUUACUGAUCAGGUUUGUCAUUCUCUUCUGGCAUGUUUGAGAGCAGGAUGGGUUAAGUUUAGGAAAGAGGACAGAAGAGGAAGGCUCAGAAAAGAGAAGAAUUCAAGGAGACAAGGAGGGUGAGAAGCUCAGGUUGUGGAACUGCCAGGGCAUCUGGUCACUAAUCAUUUUGAGAAGUAAGGAGUGCGGCAAAGACAAACCUGCAGAAAAGGGGGGAAAUGCUCAGCAUUCAAAAAAAGGAAACAAGCUUCGAACCUAAGACAGUGGGAGAAUGAAGGAAUCUAUGAUCGUCAGAGCUUCCCUGCACUAGAAAAAUCACGCUCCAGAUUUUCUGCUGGACACUGGUAGAGACCAAAUGCCAGACUCCACGUGAGUGUGUGAGCUGAGCUGGGUGUGACGUGCUCCACUGAGCCACAUGCCACACUCCACCAUCGCGGGGAGGUCGAUGUGGACGAUGCUAUCAGCCUUGCGCAGGUCCCAGAAGCACAAGGUCUUCACCAUGAGUGUCCCUGACUACAUGCAGUGUGCUGAGGACCACCAGACUCUCCUCGUGGUGGUCCAGCCCGUGGGGAUCGUCUCGGAGGAGAACUUCUUCAAGAUCUACAAGAGGAUCUCGUCCGUGAGCCAGAUCAGCGUGCGCGACUCGCAGCGCGUGCUCUAUAUCCGCUAUCGGCACCACUACCCGCCCGAGAACAACGAGUGGGGCGACUUCCAGACCCACCGCAAGGUCGUGGGCCUCAUCACCAUCACAGACUGCUUCUCGGCCAAGGACUGGCCGCAGACUUUCGAGAAGUUCCACGUGCAGAAGGAGAUCUACGGCUCCACGCUCUACGACUCGCGGCUCUUCGUCUUCGGGCUGCAGGGGGAGAUAGCCGAGCAGCCGCGCACCGACGUGGCCUUCUACCCCGGCUAUGAGGACUGCGGGACGGUGGAGAAGAGGAUCGAGGACUUCAUCGAGUCGCUGUUCAUUGUGCUUGAGUCCAAGCGUCUGGACAGGGCCACGGACAAGUCCGGGGACAAGAUCCCGCUCCUCUGCGUCCCAUUCGAGAAGAAGGACUUCGUGGGACUGGACACGGAUAGUAGACAUUACAAGAAGCGGUGCCAAGGGCGCAUGCGGAAGCAUGUGGGGGAUUUGUGCCUGCAGGCCGGGAUGCUGCAGGACUCCCUGGUCCAUUACCAUAUGUCCGUGGACCUGCUUCGCGCAGUGAAUGACUUUCUGUGGCUUGGAGCUGCCCUUGAAGGGUUAUGUUCAGCUUCUGUCAUCUAUCACUAUCCUGGUGGAACUGGUGGUAAAACUGGAGCUCGAAGGGUCCAGGGUAGCUCACUUCCUGCUGAAGCAGCCAACAGACAUCGACCAGGGGCACAAGAAGUUCUCAUUGAUCCAGGUGCCCUCACCACUAAUGGCAUCAAUCCAGAUACCAGCGCUGAGAUUGGACGGGCUAAGAACUGCCUUAGCCCUGAAGACAUAAUUGACAAAUACAAGGAGGCCAUUUCCUAUUACAGCAAGUAUAAGAACGCCGGGGUGAUUGAGUUAGAAGCGUGUGUCAAGGCCGUCCGUGUCCUCGCCAUUCAGAAGCGGAGCAUGGAAGCUUCGGAAUUUCUCCAGAAUGCAGUCUACAUCAACCUUCGACAGCUCUCCGAGGAGGAGAAGAUCCAGCGGUACAGCAUCCUCUCUGAGCUCUACGAGUUGAUUGGCUUCCACCGCAAAUCCGCCUUCUUCAAGCGUGUGGCUGCCAUGCAGUGCGUGGCCCCAAGCAUCACAGAGCCUGGCUGGAGGGCCUGCUACAAACUCCUCCUCGAGACGCUUCCUGGCUACAGUCUGUCGCUGGAUCCGCAAGACUUCAACAAAGGCACGCACCGAGGCUGGGCUGCCGUCCAGAUGCGUCUGCUUCACGAGCUGGUCUACGCGUCCCGGAGGAUGGGGAACCCUGCUCUCUCUGUCAGGCACUUGUCCUUCCUGCUACAGACCAUGCUGGAUUUCUUGUCAGAUCAAGAAAAAAAGGAUGUGACGCAAAGCCUGGAGAACUAUACCUCCAAGUGUCCCGGAACCAUGGAGCUCAUCACCCUCCCCGAUGGCCUCACACUGCCCCCGGUGCCCUUCACCAAACUUCCCAUCGUCAGGCAUGUGAAACUGUUGAACCUUCCUGCCAGCCUCCGGCCACAGAAAAUGAAAAGCUUGCUGGGCCAGAGCGUGUCGACCAAGAGCCCCUUCAUCUACUCACCGAUCAUCGCACACAACCGUGGGGAGGAGCGGAACAGGAAAAUAGAUUUCCAGUGGGUUCAAGGAGAUGUGUGUGAAGUUCAGCUGAUGGUAUAUAACCCAAUGCCAUUUGAACUCCGAGUUGAAAACAUGGGGCUGCUCACGAGUGGAGUUGAGUUUGAAUCUCUCCCCGCGGCACUCUCCCUCCCGGCUGAGUCUGGUCUUUACCCAGUGACGCUUGUUGGGGUCCCGCAGACGACGGGGACGAUUGCUGUGAAUGGUUACCACACCACGGUCUUUGGUGUCUUCAGCGACUGUUUGCUGGACAAUCUCCCGGGAAUAAAGACCAGCGGCUCCACGGUGGAAGUCAUCCCUGCUCUGCCCAGACUGCAGAUCAGCACGUCUCUGCCCAGGUCUGCACAUUCACUGCAACCCUCCUCUGGUGACGAAAUAUCCACUAACGUGUCAGUCCAGCUUUACAACGGAGAGACUCAGCACCUGGUUGUGAAACUGGAAAAUAUUGGGAUGGAGCCACUGGAGAACCUGGAAGUCACCUCAAAAAUUCUCACCUCCAAAGAAAAAUUAUAUGGUGACUUCCUGAGCUGGAAACUAGAAGAAACCCUUGCCCAGUUUCCCUUGCAACCUGGAAAGGUGGCCACUUUCACCGUCAGCAUCAAAGUGAAGCUGGAUUUCUCUUGCCAAGAGAAUCUCCUCCAAGACCUCAGUGACGACAGCAUCAGUGUGAGUGGCUUUCCGCUGUGCAGCCCCUUCCGCCAGGUCGUGAGGCCCCGGGUGGAGAGCAAGCCCGUGAACCCAGCUGAGGGCAGCCGGCCUGGGGACCUGGGUCACGUGAAGACCCUGGAAGCUAUCCUGAAUUUCAAAUACUCCGGAGGCCCGGGCCACAUUGAAGGAUAUUACAGGAACCUCUCGCUGGGGCUGCACGUAGAGGUUGAGCCAUCUGUAUUCUUCACACGAGUCAGUACGCUGCCGGCAACCAGUGCCCGGCAGUGCCACCUGCUCCUGGACGUCUUCAACUCCACGGAGCACGAGCUGACAGUCAGCGCGCGGAGCAAUGAAGAGCUCGUCCUGCACGCCGGCGAGUGCCAACGAAUGGCUAUUCAAGUGGACAAGUUCAACUUUGAGAGUUUCCCAGAAUCCCCUGGGGAGAAGGGGCAGUUUGCAAAUUCCAAGGAGCUGGAGGAGGAGAGGCAGGAAGCCCGAGGCCUGGAGAUCAACAGCAAGCUGGACAUCCACUGGACCAUCCCCUCUCUGAAGCGCACAGGUGAGGCGAGUGUGGAAGGACUCCUGAGCCAGCUGGUCCUGGAGCAUCUGCAGCUGGCCCCUCUCCUGUGGGAUGUGCUGGUGGACGGACAGCCCUGUGACCGCGAGGCGGCGGCCUGCCGGGUGGGCGACCCCGUGCGCCUGGAGGUGAGGCUGACCAACCGGAGCCCGCGCAGCGUGGGGCCCUUCGCCCUCGGCGUGGUGCCCUUCCAGGACCACCAGAACGGCGUGCACACCUACGACCUGCGCCAUGCCGUCUCCUUCGUGGGCUCCGGCACCUUCUACCUGGACAAGGUGCGGCCGUCGGGCCAGUCAGCCUGCCUUGGGGCCCUUCUGUUCCUCUGCACGGGCGACUUCUUCCUCCGCAUCCGCUUCCACGAGGACAGCUCCAGCAAGGGGCUGCCGCCCUCCUGGUUCCGCCUGCCCAGCGUGCACGUGCGCGCCCUGGGGGCCCAGGCCUGAGCCGCUGUUCCCGCGGGGAGAGAUGACGAGAGGGCCCCCCGGGCAGGGGACAGGCCUUCGCUGCAACUCCUGUCCACUCCUCCCACCCCUCCCCUCCCCUCCUACCUGCACCGUCCUCUCUGGGCUUUGCAGGGGCACCCAGACUUGGCAGCCGUGCCCCUUCCCACACUGGCCAUCAGGGCUCCCCUGCAAGAGGCCGCUGCUAGGGUGAAUGCUAACCAAGCCCCAAAGUGUGGCCCUGGGUCCCUGCACCUGUUCCUGUGACCUAGGGUUCACAGCCCAGACAGCAGGAAGAAGAGGUGAGCGUGAGGGAGGGGCACAGCUGGGGUGGGUCUGGGGAACCUCCCUCGGCCCCCUCGGCCCUUGGAAUCCCCCGAGGGCUGGCUCUUCUCCCCGGGGCCCCGAGGCAGCCCAGCCAGGAGAGGUGGCACCGUGGUUGACCCCAAGAGGAGCCACCUGCCCCCGGUGGGUAGACAGUCACCUGUGCCAGCUGUUCUGGCCCCUGGGCUGGUUCCAGGCUGGGCUGUGGGGGGCCACGGCCUGUGUGCGUCUGCGUGUCGCUGACAGAUUCUCCAAUAAAGGGCCUGCCUCACUUCUCUGCUGGUCCACCUGCAUCCCUGCCU